GCUUCCCCACUCGAAAUUGUUCCAGAGUGUCUCAUCUCAGCUCUCUCCCAAUCCCAACUUCGAUAUUGUCGCAUCCCGCAAAAGAUCUUGUUUUCUUUCAAACUCGUUCACUAUCAAUUGAGAUUAUCUUUAGUUCACGAUGGCUUCCUUCAAAGACACCCUACCCCCAGAUCUAUUCGACCAGACCACGCUGGUCUCACUAGCCUCGACCCUCGCGAUUCUAGCAACCGCCUACCUGCUGUCCCUCUCAGCCCUCGACCGAGCAACGCCGGGAAGCCAUCGCUUCCUCUUCAUAUGGCACGCGUUCGACGCCCUGAUCCACUUCACCCUCGAGGGGAGCUUCCUCUACCACUGCUUCUUCUCCUGGAUCCCGCUCUCCAGCGUCUCGAACCCACACGCGCUAGCACCAACCGCGCACAACUUCCUCGGGUUCACCAGCCGCGCCUACGGCCCGCAAGCCGGCGGCGACAACCCGUUCGCCCAGCUGUGGAUGGUAUACGCGAAAGCGGACCGACGAUGGGCUGGCGCUGAUCUGUCCGUCAUCAGCCUCGAGCUGCUAACCGUGUUCGUGGCCGGCCCGCUGGCCUGCUACAUCUGCUACGGCAUCGCGAAGAAGGACCCGCGCACCAACAUCUGGAUGAUCGUAAUCGCGACCAUGGAGCUCUACGGCGGCUUCAUCACCUUCUGCCCCGAGUGGCUGACCGCGAACCAUAACCUCGACACGAGCAAUUUCAUGUACAAGUGGGUGUACCUCGUCUUCUUCAACAUGCUGUGGGUGUUUAUCCCGCUUUACGCCGUUUGGGUCGCUGUGAAGGAUAUCAAUGAUGCUUUUGUCGUUAGGGCGAACGCUGUGGAGGGUCGGAAGACGAAGUGAACUGAUUUGUGAGGGUUUGCUGGUCGGGGGAGACUGGUGCUUGAGUUAAAUAGGUAUGUUGUCUGGUAUUUUUACGUCAGCGCGCGUGGAUGAUACCCAUCUCUACUAUCUUAGCCAUUAUCUGCUAUCAGUAGGGUGUACUCGUAUUUCAUAAUUUAUAUCAUUAUUCAGCCUAGGUUUUCUGGUGCAAUAUAAGACCUGUACACUGUCUGCCCUCGAUGUAACCUAUUAGAUCCUGCUUGGAUAGAAGGUCGCAUUUUAUUGGCUUUAGAUUUACGUGGCCACCGCAGCCUGCAUAUUCAGAACACCAUAAACAAAUCAGAUAUGCAUUUGGUCCUAAGUUUCUAUGCCUUGCUAGGUAUG